AUGGGAAUUACAGAUCCACUGCCUGUUAGUUAUAUCCGCAAAAAUGAUUCAUCAUCCGUGUGCAAAGCUGAAAAUGCCGUCUCUGUGCAGACAGGAAGUUCUGUUCAACUGGACAUACAGACUGAUAAACUACUACCUUUUAAUACACUGGUCUGGAUGAAUCAUGAAUCAGAAAAUAUUGUGACAUUCAGUAAGAAAACUGUAGAGACAGAGAUUAACAACUACAGUGUGGUUUUCAAUGAGUCAACCUUCUCUCUAACACUGAAGAACACGAAAAAGACAGACAGUGGAAUCUACACAGCAACAAUAUUUGGAUCGAAUAAUAUAAAUGUUGCUAAAUACAGAGUAUCUGUUAUAGAUCCAGUGGAUUCUCCUGUUCUUAACUGGAACGUCACCAUGAUCGCUGUUAACUCCUGUAUUGUGAAUGUCUCAUGUAGUGGGCAUGAAGGUACAAUCAGAGAAAUCUACCACAGCAACAACUGCAGCCAGAAGGAAAAUAUAUCAUCUGAAAUACAGACUCUAACCCUGUAUUGUAAAGAGGACAUAGUUAUUUGUAACUAUAGCAACCCAGUCAGCUGGAAGAAUGACACAAUACAGAUUAAACACCUCUGUACACCUUAUCAAAAAGAGAAUCCACAGACAACAGGAGACAACAACAGUUUUUUUCCUCUCCAUUGGCUCAUUGUCAUUGUUAUAAGUGCUUCAUUGUUGAUUUUAGUUGCAACUGCUGUAACAUACUGCUCAUGCAAGAAUAAUAACAAAGGUGCCCAGCAGAAUGAUCAUACAAUCUAUGCACAAGUUCAGCCAAAGAACAAAGUACAAAGACCCCUGGAGAUGUUGGAGAAAUCAGCGAAUCCUCAAACUGUGUAUGGAUUUACACAAGAACACAGACACUCUCACAAUACCAGUCAGAUAAUGUCCAAUUCUGAGAUACCAACGGAGAUGCAAAAAAACAAUCACCCCAGCACCACCUACAGUACAAUUGGACAACACCAAACAACAUUGCUUGACACUGAAACGGACCAUACAGUUUAUUCAAUAGUGUGUAAAUCCUCAAAAGGCAGACCGCCUGUGAAUUAA